GCUCUCGAUGAUAAGUAUAACAUUUUCCAAUUUCCACGGAAAAUGCUGACGGCCACUGCCUUUACAAACCGUACUUAAAAGGAAUAGUUGUAAAUAAACCGAGGGUGUGCAGGUAUUCGUUAAUGAAAUGGAACUAAUGGCAAGUUCGAGACAAACAAAACUUUACUGUUCACGUUAUUGAAACUCACGAAUUUGACUCGCUACAUCGCCUAUUUUCUACUUUGCAUGUGUCUCCAUUCAUUGUUUAACGAUGGUUUCGUUGUCCAGACUUUUGUUUUUUAUCAUCUGCUGUGUACUAGCCAAUGUUGCAAUAGGAUCUCGAGUUUUGGAACUUAGUGAUAAAUUUUUGGAAAUACAUAAGGAAGGGCAAUGGCUUGUGAUGAUGUAUGCACCAUGGUGUGCUCACUGCAAAAGAUUAGAACCGAUAUGGGCUCAUGUUGCUCAGUACCUUCACUCAUCUCCUGUCGGAGUUGGCAGAAUAGAUUGCACUCGCUUUACAAAGGUUGCUCAUUCUUUCAAAAUCAAAGGAUUCCCUACAAUAAUAUUCUUAAAAGGAGACCAAGAAUUUGUUUACAAUGGAGAUAGAACGAGGGAUGAAAUAGUUAAAUUUGCUCUUAGACUCAGUGGACCACCAGUGCAAGAAGUAACCAAGACUAUAAGUUUUAACACUUUGAAAAAAGAUAGAGACUUGUAUUUUUUAUACGUUGGUGAAAGAUCUGGAACAUUAUGGGAUAUGUAUCAUGAAGUUGCUAACCAAUUCCAGCCACAUGCAUUUUUUUAUCAAUCUCAUCCAGUAGUAGUUGAUAAACAUGCUCCAAUAGAAAGUACACCCGCACUUUUUGUAUAUAAAGAAAACGUACAUUACAAUUUUACAGGUCAUAGCGCAAUAACAGACGCUGAUCAAUUGAAUGAAACUUUGUAUAGAUGGAUCAAUGCUGAACGCUUUCCUACAUUCCCUAAGGUCACGCGCGGAAACAUUAAUCAACUUUUUUUAACAAACAAAAAUCUAGUCUUAGCAGUAGUCGAAGAAAACCAACUAGAAGAAAUUCCACCUGAUAUGUUGGAGUUUCGAGAUAUGGUUGAAUCUGUGAUCAAAAGGAAACGUGAAAAAUACCAUGACCAUUUCCAGUUUGGUUGGAUAGCCAAUCCUGACCUAGUCAAUAGUAUAGCAAUGAUGGUUGUACCAUUACCAAGUUUGAUUGUCAUUAAUUCAACGACAAAUCAUCACUACAUUCCAGAAGAUGAGCCAGAAAAGUUAACACCUGAUGUGAUUGAAACGUUCCUAGAACAAAUAAGAAGUGAAAGCGUCCCUAAAUAUGGUGGAAACAGUUUUGCUGUGAGAAUAUAUCGGUCAUGGUUUGAAGUCCGAUCUGCUCUUGCAUCAAUGUGGUAUGGUAAUCCAAUUCUGACAUUGGUCUUGUUUGGCUUGCCUGCUGGAUUCUUAUCACUUAUUUGCUACAAUAUCUGGUGUCCAGAUAUCUUUGAUGCCGAUGACGAUGAAAAAGAAUCCACGGGAUCGAGUCACAUAAAAAAAGACUAGAUUAUGCUUGUCAAGCAAAAAAUGUUAACGUUCUAAAAGUGAUAAAAAUAGCCAUUGUUACAAAUUCAAUAAUUCUAACAUAAACCAUUACUUUUUUUAAGUUUAUUACAAGAAAAUGUUUGUGUAAAUGUGCAAAUGUGUAAUGCUGCGUAUUAUGAAAGCGUAAUGAUAUUAAUGAUUAGAAUUACUAAUAAAGUUUUAAUGAACUUGUGUAAAAACUGAAUAAUCAUUUCUCAUCCUCCAUGACAUCUUCAAGUAAUGUUAUAAGAAAACAAAUCUUAACACAGUCUGUAAGAGACUUCCAUUUGACAAGCCAAUAUUAUUGGAGCGAGAC